CCCGCCCAAGCAAGCCAAGCGUCAAAAAAAGACGGCGUCGCAAAUAUAAAGUCGGUCGACGUUUAAACCUUUUGGUACAAAUUCAAUCUUAAAGUCGUGUUUAUCUUUGUUGAGCUUUCUAAGCCAUUUGUUAAUAAUAAUACACUUUAUCGUAUUAUUAGUCAUAAUUGUUUAUUAUCCGAAGUUCAAAAUGCGGAAAAUAUCGAAAACUCGUGCUGACGAAGCCGACGAUGUGGUUUCUUCAACUAAUGGCUCUAUAGUAAACGAAGACCAAACGGAAACAAGAAAGUAUACUCCUGAAGGCAAUGACAACGGUCAAGAUCCAGAAAAUGAUAACAGUGGUCUUGAAGACAACGACGCCGAUAAGGAACCCGUAAACACUUCCAAAAAAUCAAAAGGAAAGAGAGGCCGGAAAAAAAAAUCCGAGAAAAAAGGAAAGGAGCAAGAUGAAGAGUCUGCCGAGGAAGAGUAUGAGGUGGAGAAGAUUAUUGAUUCCAAAAAGAUUAAAGGUAAACUGCAUUACUUGAUUCGCUGGAAGGGAUAUUCCGCAGAUAGUGAUACCUGGGAGCCUGAAAACACCCUAUCCUGCCCAGACUUGAUCCAGAAGUUCAAUGACGAGAAAGAAAAUUCCAAGAACAAGGAAAGCAAGAGCUCAAACAAGCCAGGGCGGAAGAGAAAAGCAGACAAGAAGGAGCCCAAAAAAGCUAAGAGAACCAAAACUGAAUGGGACAGUGAGAAAGCUGAUGAAAAUGCGGAAUAUGAGGUUGAACGCAUAUUAGAAGUACACCACAAAAAGAAUGGAAAAAGAGAAUUCCUCAUCCACUGGAAGGGCUGGUCCAGCAAAUUCGAUUCUUGGGAGCCAGAGAGUAAUCUCAACUGCUCUGAAUUGAUCAAAAAGUUCAUGGAUAAGGUGACUGUAGCCCGCUCCAGUGACACUCGAAAUCUUCGCGUGUCACGUGAAACAACAAACAGAUUCACUUUACAAGAUCCUACACAUGGACGAAGGCUUAGCAAGAGGCGUGGUCAGCGUCAAAGGGUUCGCUAUGAUGAUGCAGAGUAAUAUUAGAUAAGAAAUGGAAUCUGAAAACCAAACGUAGCCUGGAUUUUUUGUGCAGUGGAAAAAAGAUCACCCGGUAUAAUACGUAUGUUACUAUAAAAGCCCGAAAAGUACGGUAGAAUUGUUUCGCGCUUAUGCAAAUCUUAUAUUUACCGUACUUCAGACUUUUACUGUACGAGUACAAUGUAUCUAAGUUAUGGACUUGGGUUCUUUUUCCAUAACAAUUGUCCUUUGCAUGUUUUUUUAAUGUUAGGAAAAAUGUUUUUUUUUUUUAAUAGAUUUUCGGUGUAAGCACCCACGACUGCAAGAUGUAAGCAUCAUGGCAUAUAUCAAUAUUAAUUCGUUAUUGAUUAUAAAAUGUGCAGCAAGUUCUAUGUAUUUGAUACAUACAGAACAAUAAUAAUUUGUUUAUUGUUAAGGAGGAUGGGACCUACCAAUAAUUAAAUUAUCAAAAGUGUUAUCGCGCACAAAAUGUGUAAAUAUUUAAAAAUACUUAUUUAUAUAUAUAGUUAAUUAAUAUUUUACUCUUAAACAUUACAACUACAACCGAUGAUGGUAGUUUGUACAUAAUUUAUAAUGUAUUUUACAUAUUUUUCCGAAUUAUAUUAUAGUUACAAGCUUUUAGUAUUUCGGUACUGUCUUUUCAAAUUACGGUACAUAAACUACGAAUUAUCAUCCAUCCAUUAUCUAUUCUUCUAAUCAAAUGAAUGAAUGAUUGAAAUGUUGAAUUAAUAAUUUUAGCUUUGAUAUUGUUGAUUGUUAUUGGCGAGACUACCAGCUUCAAUAAUAUUUGAACCCAUCCUCCGUUAACUUUCUUUUAUUUCAACGGGAUGUCCAGUAUAUUCUCAGGUAAGUUUGCCAGACUUGUCAGGCACUACCAAAUUUAUUUUUUAAAAUAAAUGAAUAAAUGUGCGAAAUGUGUGGCGUGUUACGACACGAUCUAAAAAUGUGGACUUAUCUGAAAUCCAGUCGAGUUUAUAUAUUUUGUAGCAUUUCAGAAUAUUUGAUUGUUUACUACAUUGAUUUUUUAUAUUUUUUUGCGUUUAUAGUAGAAAUAGUUAAUACUUACGAAUUAUUAAUUGAACAAAAGAUUUCGUUUAGAUAGUCUACCAAUUAAUAAUUCUUCAUGUAUUUAACUAAUUACACGUAGUUAAGUACUUGGAAAUAAAUAUUAUAUGUGUUGCAUAAAAUAUUACAUAUUGAUUUUAGAUUGAAGAAUAAUGUCGUUUGAGCUUUUAUGUAAAUAAUGGUGCCGAUUCUGACGGAUACCAACUUAAUAUUAUUUGUUUCACAGUUCUGAAACGACAUCUAUCUCUUUCCUAAAUAAAAGACAGAACUAUUUUAGAGCUGGGAAAUUAAAGUAACAUUAACCACUACUUGAGCUCAAAUAAUAAUAUUUUGGAUAUAAAAGCUUACCUUCUUCAAACAUAAGAGUACAUAAUACAUCUAUAUAAUUAUAAGAAUUGUUUUCAGAAUAUUAGUAUUUUAAGUAUAUCCAUACUUAUCAGUUGGUGUGUUUCGUGUAAUUUGCAGUCACAUUAUAAAUAGUUCUAAUAAA